AGUGUGGAAGGCGGAGCUUGGCCUGUGCAGAUACGGUGGCUCCGGAGCCCAACGGAGCCCGGUGGCAGCUUAGGUGGACCCGGCCGCACGGCUUGAUUGGAUGGGUGUUGAGCCCACACUGCCCGGCGGCCACUGUGUCCCACCCGAGCUGCUGCUCCUGUCCGAGGGUCAGGGUCUAGCAAGAGAGAGAGAGUGGGGAUGAAGGAGAAGAGACUCGAAGAAUGGAGACAAGACAGAGGUUGGCCUACCAAAGAGCUUUCUAGAUAAAAUAAAACAGGGGAAGCGUUGGUAGAUUCAAGAAUGAUGGAUCCGUGUUCAGUUGGAGUCCAGCUUCGUACCACACAGGACUGCCAUAAAACCUUCUAUACUCGGCACACAGGUUUCAAGACAUUGAAAGAAUUGUCAUCAAAUGACAUGCUCUUACUUCAGCUUAGAACUGGAAUGACACUUUCUGGGAAUAAUACAAUUUGUCUCCAUCACGUAAAAAUUUAUAUUGACAGAUUUGAAGAAUUACAGAAGUCAUGUUGUGACCCAUUUAACAUACACAAGAAGCUAGCCAAAAAGAAUCUGCAUGUAAUUGACUUAGAUGAUGCCACUUUUCUGAGUGCAAAGUUUGGAAGACAGCUCGUACCUGGUUGGAAGCUUUGCCCAAAAUGUACCCAGAUCAUCAAUGGAAGUGUGGAUGUUGAUCCAGACGACCGCCAGAGACGAAAACCUGAGUCAGAUGGAAGGACUGCUAAAGCUCUGAGGUCACUACAGUUUACAAACCCAGGAAAGCAAACUGAAUUUGCUCCAGAAAGUGGUAAAAGGGAGAAAAGGAAGCUCACCAAAAAUUCGAGCGCUGGUUCUGACAGACAAAUUAUUCCAGCAAAGAGUAAGGUGUAUGACAGCCAGGGCCUGCUGAUUUUCAGUGGCAUGGACCUCUGCGACUGCCUGGACGAGGACUGCCUGGGGUGCUUCUACGCCUGUCCCACUUGUGGCUCUACCAAGUGUGGGGCCGAGUGCCGCUGCGACCGCAAAUGGCUGUAUGAGCAGAUAGAGAUUGAAGGAGGAGAGAUAAUCCAUAAUAAACAUGCUGGCAAAGCAUAUGGUCUGUUAUCUCCCUGUCACCCAUAUGAUAUUUUACAAAAAUGAUCACCCAAAUAUUGACCAGCAAAGAG